AUGGCAAAUGGCAAUCAUAACAAGAGGGUUAAACAAUGGUCAAAGUCCCUUCUAACACAUUAUCGUUUUGGUGAUUACAAAUUUCAACGAGGAACAGCAACAACCACUGCUGCCUCGACACGAUCAUCAUCAAUGAGAGAUGUGGCUUUUCCACUUUUUCGACGCUUUUAUUUGAUGCGCAGUUCAUUAAGAAAACGCCAACGUCAGUCUCAUGCCGGUCUAUCGUCAUCAUCGAAUGGUUCCAGACGAGCAGUAUUAACUAAAAGAAAUUUUUGCCGUGAAAUUAUAUUUCUUCUUAUAUUUAUGUUAUUUACAACAGGUUUAUUAAUAUUUGUAUUAUUUCUCGAUCUAAUUUACAUGGACGAGGCAAACAACAAUGAAAAACAACCAACAACAAAUGUUGCCUUAUAUGGUAUUAGACAACUAAUCAAACAUAAUGUACCGUAUAAAACUCAUUUAAAUCAUUUUUCAACUAUUUAUCUUCAUGUAAAUCCUCAUCCUCUAAAUCAUACCGAUUCUAUGUUAGAUUCUAUGAUAUAUAUUUGCUCCAAACAUCCACGAUUAUGCUUAUUGAAAUUAUUUUUAAUUUUUAUUUUUGUAUUUGUUACAAUUAUUCUCGGUAUAUGUUUAAUUCGAAUAUACAAGAAAGCGAGAAAACAUUCACAAAUAUUAGAAACAAAAACUUAUGAAUUAGAAAAAGAAAAAACUUUAACAGAAAAAUUGUUACAUCAAAUAUUACCACCAACCGUUGCCAAACAAUUGAUCAAUGGAAAGAAAGCGCCAGCAGAAUAUUACGAUUGUGUUACAAUAUAUUUUUCAGACAUUGUCGGUUUUACAUCAAUAGCUUCCAUGUGUAGUCCAACUGAGACAUGUGAUAUGUUAAACAGACUAUAUUCAGUAUUCGAUUCGUUAUUAGAAAAAUUUGAUGUAUAUAAAGUAGAAACUAUUGGUGAUGCAUAUAUGGUGGCAAGUGGUGCACCCGAACGAAAUGGCAAUAAACAUGCAAAUGAAAUAUCAAAUAUGGCCCUUGCCAUUUUAAAAAGUAAACAUAAAGUUCGAGUACCAAAAACCUUUGUAGAAUUAAAACUAAGAAUUGGAAUCCAUACGGGACCAGCUUGUGCAGCUGUUAUCGGAUCAAAAAUGCCAAGAUACUGUUUGUUUGGUGAUACUAUUAAUGUGGCGAGCAGAAUGGAAUCGUCAGGAUUGCCUGAAAAGAUCCAUUUGAGUGAAACGACAUACAACCAUAUUGAGAUGAAACAGGAUUAUAUAUUUGAAGACCGAGGAGAGAUUUCUAUCAAGGGAAAAGGUAACAUGAGAACAUAUUUUUUAUUGGAUCGAGCACAAACUAACCAAUAA